AUGGAAUCAAAUGAAGUAAACAGUAUUAAUAAUAAUAAUAGUGGAGCUGCUGGUACUCAAAUAAGUGAAUCAAAAGUGGUGGACAAUGAAUUGAAUGCAAAACAUAAUACAGAAAUAUGGAAUUCAGUGAAUUCAAUUGCACCAUUAGAUGAUCAAUUUAUCCAAUCUUUACAACAGAUUGAACAAUACAAUAAAAAUUUAAUAAUUGAUAAUAAAUUAAUAAGCAAUGAUACUAAAACAUCAAAAUCAUUAAUAAAAACUAGCACUAGUUCUAGCAAGACGACAUCUGUCAAUCAAUUUAUAAAGUUGCAUGAACAACUUGGAGUUGACUGCGUUGAAAAUGAUUUUGAAGAGAAUGAAAUUGUGUUGAGACGAUAUUGUUUACACAUGCAAACAUAUGCAGAUAGAUAUUUUAAAUUAAGUGAACAGAUAACAAGAACAGUGAAUGAAUUAACAUUGUUAUUGAAUCGAUAUGUGCGAGUAAGUGAAUCAACGCACGUGUUGGACGUGCACUCACGUCAACUAGUCUCCAUUCAACAGCAACUUAAACAAAUCAAUACGAUAUUAACAAAAGAAUUAAAUUAUUAUUUAACAUCACGUUUAGUAUUACAACGUAUUAACUUUAACAACAAUAAUAACGCUGGUCAACAACAACAUCAACAUCAACAUGGUUCAUUUAGUUCAAUUAACAAUUUGGUUGGAACUCAACAGUUUUAUCAAAUAUUAGAUCAAAUUGAUGAUGGUAUUCAAUAUACGUCUAGUCAUCCAUUACAUAAACAAUCAGAAUUAUAUUGCAAUCAAUACAAGUAUUCAUUGUCUGUUGUUAUAACAUUAAUAAAAACUUAUAUAACAAAUGUAUUGGAACAAGCAACAAACGAAGCGAUAACAAGUAGUACAAAUACAAAUACAAGUACUAGUACAAGUACUGAACAACAACAACAACAAUUAAAAUUGAGUACAACAACAGAUACAGAAUUAGAUCCAGCUAUCUCAUAUUAUUAUGGUAAAUUCCAAGCAGUUUCUUAUAAAAUUCAACCAAUUAUACAACAAAUAGAAGCAAGAUGUCACAAGAAUAAAGAGUAUGAACAUUUAUUAAAUGAAAUCCAACAAAUCUACGUGGAUAAACGUUACGAACUGAUGAACGACAGCAUUGGCAACUCAAUCAAAACGUUGGCUUCCAAGAAUCAAUCGGAUCGUUCUUUAUUGUUUAGAACUGCUUGUUCUUUGUUCAUGUUGUUGUGUCAAGAUGAACAUCAAUUGUAUUACGUGUUCUUUAGUACAGGAGCUACACCAAACAACACGUCUGCUUCCACUGCUAAACUACAACAAUAUCUAGCAUCAAUAUGUGAACACUUGUACGACACUUUACGUCCAUGCAUUGUUCACAUUGAACAUAUUGAAAUAUUAUGUGAACUCUGUUCAAUCUUAAAAUAUGAUGUUUUAUUUAACAUUGAACACAAUAAUAUAGAUAAAGAUCGUGAAGCGUUGCAAGCUUUUAAUACAGUUGUACAAGAAUUACUACGUGACAUACAAGAGCGUUUAGUGUUUAGAUCACACAUUUACUUUAGAUGUGACAUCUUACAAUAUCAACCUAGUGCUGGAGACCUGGCGUAUCCGGAGAAGCUACAAAUGAUGAUGAACAUUGUAAGUCAACAGAACGAGUCAUUACAGUCCGAAUACAAACACAGAGACAGAGACAGACAGCAGAAUACAAACACAUCAUCGACGUUACGUCGUACUGAGUCAUCACAAAGUGUCGUCUCAUCGGUCAAUCAAAGUGCGAGUGUGAGUGUGAGCGCAGUGUCAUCACAUCAACCUAAACCCAUCACGAUCACUGACCUGCAAGGCAUGUGGUAUCCAACCAUCAGACGAUGUUUACAAUGUUUGUCGAGAUUGUAUCGAUGUGUGGACGUUCAAACAUUCCAAGGAUUGUCUCAAGAAGCCAUCUCGUUCUGUGUUAUUAGUAUUAAUAAUGCUGGAACGUUAAUAACACAGCGUAAAAGUCCUCUAGAUGGUGAUCUAUUUCAAAUAAAACAUUUACUCAUAUUACGUGAACAAAUAGCAGCAUUCCAAGUGGAUUUCACUGCCCGUGAAACUACACUAGACUUUACCAAAGUGAAAGAAGCAGCUGCUGACUUGAUGCAUCGUAAAAACUUGUUUAAAAUGGAUUCAAACAAUGCCAUUCUUAAGUUCUUGCUAGAAGGUACACCUCAAGUGAAAGAACAUUUGCUGGACUCCAAAAAGGAUGCAGACCUUCAAUUGAAGAAGACAUGUCAACAUUUAAUUAUGCACGUUACCAAUUUGUUAAUUGAUCCACUGCAACAAUUAAAUCAAAAAAUUCAGGAUUAUCGAAAAGUUUGUGGUCAAGAAUUUAAUUUACAAAAAUUUCGUGCUGAAAAAUGGACUGAACCAGAAAAUUUAGCAAGUAUUGUGAACAACGUGAAACGUAUUAUAAAAACACGUAUUACACCCAUACAGAAUUCAAUGACGCUGUACAUUCACAACCGUGAAACUGAAUCCAUACUAUUUCGUCCAAUAAAGAAUAAUAUAAUUGGUGCAUUUGUUCAAUUAGAACAAUUAUUAUCAGAAUGUUUAUAUGAAUGGAAUGAAUUGUUAACAAUCAGUUGUCCUACAGCUGAUCAAGUUUCAUUAAUGUUGUCAUCAGUCACUCUUUUAAACUCCCAACAACAACAGCAACAACAACAACAACAUUCUAUUAAUAUUGUUGAUAACUCUACCAACACUACUAAUGUUAACAAUAAAUAA